AUCCAGGAAGUGUUUUUCUCCCACAAAGCGGAAGCGAAUAGUUUGGUGGACCUGAAACUGUUUUAGGGAGAAAUUGUUUACGAGCAGCAAGACACGCAUAAUUAAAUAUCGGUUGUGUGGAGUUGGUGUUAGCUUUCUUUCUUGGACCUGAAAACUCUACUGUGGCACGAUCCAUCUGGUGUCCCCUCCAGUUGUGUGAUCGCUGCCUUUAUUGAUCCUCAGACUCGGAUUGCUGACCUGUAGUUUCUCUGACUACCAAUGGCUGGACGUGGUGGUGGAGCCAGUAGGCCUAAUGGUGCCGCAGCAGCAAACAAAAUCUGCCAGUUCAAGCUGGUGCUGCUAGGGGAGUCUGCCGUCGGCAAGUCCAGCUUAGUCCUGCGCUUCGUUAAAGGCCAGUUCCAUGAAUUCCAGGAGAGCACAAUUGGAGCUGCAUUUCUCACUCAGACGGUCUGCCUGGAUGACACCACUGUGAAGUUUGAGAUCUGGGACACAGCAGGUCAGGAGCGAUACCACAGCCUUGCCCCAAUGUACUACAGAGGCGCUCAGGCAGCCAUUGUGGUCUAUGACAUCACCAACACAGACACAUUUGCACGUGCAAAGAACUGGGUGAAGGAGCUUCAAAGGCAGGCCAGUCCCAACAUUGUGAUAGCUCUGGCAGGCAACAAGGCAGACAUCGCUGAUAAGAGAGCAGUGGAAUUUCAGGAGGCGCAAACCUAUGCUGAUGACAAUAGCCUGCUGUUCAUGGAAACUUCAGCCAAGACUGCAAUGAAUGUCAAUGAAAUCUUUAUGGCCAUUGCAAAGAAGCUUCCAAAGAACGAGCCUCAGGGCGGAGCAGCACAAGGGGGGCGGACAAGAACCGGUGUGGAUCUACAAGAGGCGACCCCAGCGGGCCGCAGCAGCCAGUGCUGUGGCGGUCAUUAGCAAGUGCAAAACGAUGAACUUAGAGAACGAGCCGUGAACAUCAUUUUAAGGACAACAUGUAGCUAAAACACCGGCAGGCAGGAGAAGGCAGAGCCUUUCGCUUCUCCUCCUCUAUAUCUGAUAAGACAGAUGUGAUUAUCUGGAUCCUCUUGAUUAAAAGAACUUUAACAAGAAUCAUAAGCUAUAGGGAACUCCCAGUAUCCUUCAGUACUUCUUUCCCGUUUGCCACUGUUUAUGUAAAACCUAUUCAUCUUCUGUGUUGAUUCAGCCUUCCUUCACCAUUCUCAAACCAUGAUCCUGAGAUUGUUGCUGUUCUAUCUGAGCGUAUGUGUAUUCUCUGACUGAGAUGCACACACACGUAGCAGAAAUGUAGUAUACUUCUUUCAUUUCCUUAAUUGCAAAUCCAUAUCUAGGCAACAAAUAUACACACAUUAAUGCUUAAGUUGCAACAGAGCAAUCAAGCUUUUUUCUUUUUUCUUAUUAUUUUGAAAUUUACAAUAUUAGAUACCUGUUUGAUUCUGGAAUUAUCUUACUAGCUACUAAUAUGUAUACUGAGGUCUUUGUUUGCAUCUACAUAUAUUUUCAAGAUUACCAAGGUCUUAACAUGUAAAAAAUGUCUGUCUUUAAGGGACAAUGUCACAGAUAUAUAAGACACUGAGUUCCACAAACUCAAAGUCUGACUGCCAGCUACUAUCCAGAUAAUCUGACAAGCAUGAAAAUUCAUGCAUUUUCCCCUAUUUAUAUAUAUCCCCCCUAUGUAUCACGGAGGCUAAGCAGGAGAAAGACUUGGAUGAGACGUGGUUAAAAAGCAAUUCCCCAACAAAUGUGUUUUCUUAAAGAGUAGGAUGAUUCGAUUGCUCAUCUGAAGAAAAAACAUCUAGUUUCUUUUAUUUGUUGUGUCCAGGAAACUAACACCCAAAAGUUGUUGGUCAUUUUUUUAAAAGAGAAACAUGAAAUAACUUGUAAAUCAAAAAAUAAAUAACCCAUAAGAUUUCUUUUG